AUGGCCGAAAUAAUGGCACUGCCAGAGCAGGUCUCUGCACAAGCCUAUAUGAUGAACCACUUGGUAGAUGCAGAUGAUGAGGAAGAUGUCACACUACAUUUAGCAGCUUUGUGUGGAGACAGUGAAGGUUUACGACACAUUGCAGGAGAGAUCCACUAUAGUCAGUGGCUGAACUAUCGUGUCCGACCAUAUAUGUCGCCCCCACUUAGACUAGCAGUUUCGGGAGGAAAUCCCGAAUGUAUAGAAGUACUUUUGUCAGCUGGAGCAGACAUUGAGUUGGAGGAUGUGAAGGGACAGACUUCUCUCUUUGUUGCAACUUCUCAAAGAAAGUUAGAGAUCAUGAAGAUUCUGUUGGAAGCUGGUGCUAAUCCAGAAGGUAGCCGUAAGAAUCGCUGCUCGCCGUUAUUAGUGGCGGUCAGAGAUGGAUUUUCAGAAGGCGUCAAGCUUUUGUUACAACAUGGGGCUGAUCCAGAGCCUUUUAAUCAGAUCUGCACAUGUGUACCAGGAUGGCCACUCCAGCAUGCGAUUGUGUAUGCUCACUUUUCAUGCUAUUUUGAGCUUAUAAAAGGAGGGGCUCUGGCAAACCUUACUUUACUGCCAUACCAAGUGAACCCAAAAGUAGUGACUCGUCUAUCUAUUCCACAUGCCAUCCUUAAGUAUGCCAAGGAGUACCCAGAGUUCAUGGAGUUGUAUAAUGAGUGUGGGGGUAACCUGCGCCAGGUAAACACUGCUGGAACCACCUGCAGUGAGGAGUUUCUGGAUGGCUCUCCUGCAAAAGAUUUAUUAAUCAGUUUAUCAGGACUGCCUCUGAGUCUCAAGUCCUUAUGUCGACUGACUGUCCGCCAACUUCUAGGACGAAAGAAGUUAAUGAAACUCUCUUCACUGGAACUUCCAUCAUGCUUAAUUCCAUUCUUAAACUUUGAGGAAUUUUCUCGUUAUUCAUUAAGAUCCAAAGAAAAUAAACAUGAUAAAAUUAAUGACAAUGAAAAAUAAAAGUGUCUGAAAUACUUGCCAGGGAGUGUUGUGACGGCAAUGAAUAUCUCCUCAUUUAAGAUCAGACUUGACCAACACUGGCACAGGUUCACAUACAUAUGGAGCCAGUGCAUGCCCAUUACUUGCCAACAAUGCAUAACAGAGAUGUGACUGACUGCCCUAGCAAAUGACAGGCUGAUCAGUAACAAGGGUUCUGUGCCAAAGAAAAUGAAAGUGUUAUUAAUCUCAGUUAUGAUUAAUAAACCAUUGAACAAGGGUUAUUUGUAAUCUAACAUAAGUGCCUUAUUUCAAGUCUUUAUACCAAGCCUGUUUUGAUGUGAAGGAGAGUGUUUACACCUGUACAGAUGUGCUUCUUCUCAUUCAUAUAAUUUUUGAUAUUAUAUUAUAAAUUUUAUUUGUUUAUAUAGUACAUACUAAUAUAGUCUAGUCAUUACUCUCAUUAAGUUUGUUGUUGUAUCUUGUAAUACUGUUUAUAUAAAUAUAUACUGUAGUACUGUA